AUGCUGGAUUAACUCAGCGGGACCGGACAGGCAGCAUCUCUGGAGAGAAAGAAUUUCUCUUUUACUCCCGUCUCCUGCAGCGAUGUUGAACUACAAUUCCCGGCUUGCCGCGGGUUCGGCGGUUGAACACUUCCGGUUCGUUGUGGCGAUGGCGGCCAUUACAAGUGAGUGCAGGAUGGCGACUUUGUGUCCCCAGGACAAUGUAGACACAGCUGGAACGGACCAAUGUCCCCAUGGCGACGGCGCACAGGGUAGACAAGCCGACAGCGGUGAUUCCCCAGAUAAAGCAGCCGGAGAGCCCGGGCUCCACACGUCCAGCAAACGCCCCCGCCGGCAGCGCCCCUUCGACUUCAGCCAGCACGGGCGCCGGCAUGUGGCGGUGCGCCUGGCCUACCUGGGCUGGGGCUACCAGGGCUUCGCCAGCCAGGCCAACACAGACAACACAGUGGAGGCCAAACUAUUCCAGGCCCUGCUCCAGACCCGGCUGGUGGAGAGCCGACAAACUGCCAACUACCACCGCAGCGGCCGCACUGAUAAAGGGGUCAGCGCCUUUGGGCAGGUGGUGUCUCUGGAGCUGCGCUCUCGGACCCGGGGCCCGGACGGUGCAAAGUUGCCGGGGGACGAGCUGCCGUACACACGGCUGCUGAACCGGUCUUUGCCGCGGGACAUGCGCGCCCUGGCCUGGGCGCCGGCGCCCCCCGGCUUCAGCGCUCGCUUCAGCUGCCAGCACCGCACCUACCGCUACCUGUUCCCGGUGGCGGGGCUGCAGCUGGGCCGCAUGGUGGAGGCGGGGCGCCGGCUGUGCGGCACGCAUGACUUCCGCAACCUCUGCCGCAUGGACGUGGCCAACGGGGUGCUGCGCUUCGUACGCACGGUGCUGCGGGUGCGAGUGUGGCGGGCUGGCAGCGGCCUAGGUUGCAUGGAGGUGCGGGCCCGCUCCUUCCUCUACCAUCAGGUGCGCUGCAUGGCCGCCGUGCUGCUGCUUGUGGGCCGUGGGCUGGAGGAUGUGGAAGUGGUGGACCGGCUCCUGGACGUGGAGAGCAACCCCUGCAAACCCCAGUACAGACGCUCCCCUGUCUAUAGCAUGGCUGUGGAUUAUCCGCUGGUUCUGCACGACUGCUCCUACGAAAACCUGGAGUGGAACUUCGACCCGGAGGUCCAUGCCUUCACAGUGCGUGACCUGCAGACCAUGUGGGCCAGUUAUGCCAUCAAAACCCGGAUCCUUUACUCCAUGCUCAGCGGACUGGGACAGGCACCCAAUCCCCAGGACCCAGAGGACCAGGAGGAGGGGGAUGAUGAGGAGGAGAGUGCGCUGACUGCCUGGGGCCGCACCCAGCCCACCUUCACUGACCUGUCUCAGUCCCUGCUGGAGGGAGUACGGCCCAGGAAAUACAAGCCGCUGAUGGAGCGGCAGAGAUGCGAGGGGCUCGAGUCGAGGAUCCUCCAUUAUGUCAAUCGGGGGCGAAUCACACUGCCCGAGGAAAUGAGGAAAACUGAGGGACAGCAGCAUCCUGUGGAGUCCCAGGAACAUGAGAGACAGCGCGACCCUGUGGACCCCCUGGAAAAUGAGGAGCGAAGGGACCAUGUGGAGCUCCAGAAUGAGGGGCAUCGGGACUCUAUGGAGCCUCGGGAACAGAGGGGGCAGCGGGACCCUGCGGAACACCACGAUCAGGGGGGGCAGCAGGACCCUGCAGAGCCCCGGGAACAGGAGGGGCAGCGAGACCCUGCGGAGCCCCGGGAACAGGAGGGGCAGCAGGACCCUACGGAGCAUGAAGAACAAGAGAGACGAUGGGACUGUGGGGAGCCCAUUGAAAAGCAGAGGCGAAGAGAAGCGGCAGAUUUGAUGCAUACGGACGGGCAGUAAGACCCAGGGGAACUGGGUGCAUCCCUCUGGGUGAAUGCACGCUCGCGGUGGUACUGAAGUCCUGUGGAUAGUGGGUCUGGAACUUCAGCCAGAGGGGGAGGGACGAAGUGCGGGGGCCAGAGAAAAUGUCCGCUUUUGUGGAAAGGUUCUCAGCGGGGAGUUUGGAGAAGAUUUUGCGGGAGAGCAUCGGGAGAAGGAUCAAGAUUGUAGAAAGGGAGAAUUAAAUAUACAUACAUUA